CAUGCUGGAGGUGCAUGUCAAUUCCUGAUUCCUGAGGUGAGGGGUUUGCCUUAAAGUUGAGCAGGCCGGGCCUAUACUCACUUUUGUUCAGAAGAAUGAGAGUGCAGUGGAAAUUCUUCGAGCAGCCUCUUCAUCCAAUAACAUGCGGCUGAUGAUAGCAAGGGAUGAACAGGGCAGGAGAGAAUUUGCAGAAUUAUUAGCAAACUAUGGGUCUCGAAGCAGCACAGGAUCGGCAAGGAAUUCACCCACACUACAAGGAACUGGCAGAACAUCUUCAAGCUCCUCGUCAUCCUCCCUGAGUUCUGAACAAUUAAGCCCAACCAGUUCUCGUGACUCGUCCAGUGGAAAUGCUGGAACUUUACUUUGCUCCAGUGCACAUUCCCAUACUGAUGAUGGAAUUCAGCUUGUUACCAUCACCAAAUCGACUGGCCUCGGGCUGACGGUGACAGGAGGGUCCAACAGACCUGAUGGGCCCAAGGUGUAUGUGGAGGAUAUCAUCGCAGGGGGAGAUUGUCAAAAGGAUGGUCGACUUCGUCCGGGAGACCAGCUGGUCGCUAUUAACAAGAAGUCUCUGAUUGGAGUUACGUAUGAGGAAGCCAGAAGCAUCCUCAAUAAAAUGAUGUUUACGAAUGAAGAAACCAUAACAAUUGCCUUUUUACCAGGCAAAGGAUCUUUACAUUCAAAUACUUCAUUACACAACGGGGACCACUCAGCUCAGAAGAACACUGGAAAUGGCUACAGUUCUUGUAGGUUGAAGGUUCAUGUCAGAACACCUAAGCCCCGACUUGAAGACCACUGUCCAGUGCCUUUCCAGUCACCAGACAUUUGCCCGCUAGAGCUCACUGACUCAGCUGCCAAAACAUCCAUUCAGAAAGAAGUGCCCAACAUCAAACGAAAAGUCUCUCUGGACCCUCACGUUCGGUUAAAGGUGGAUAAGCUUGAGUUGGCACUAAAGUACCUCGGACUACAUGUGACAGAAGAACGGAGAAAAAUGCUAAGGCAUAGUCUCACAAAUGAUUCACAGGGAACGGUGGCAUUUGGAGAUUUUGUGCAGGCAGCAAGAAUUACACUACCACAGGAGCUGGAGGAUGUUGGCCUAAGUCAAAGUCCCCUGAUGUUUUUUCCUCAUGAAGUUGCGAACCUACUGGACACAACAGCUUUCCAAUCUCCGAUCUUUUGCUCCAACACCUUCCAUGACUCAGAAAAUUUCAACCAUCUGCAGUCAGAGGUAACCAAACUCCGUCAGGAGAUUGAAAGAAUGAAGGGUCUUGUCAAGGAGAUGGAGAAGAAUAAGAAAGCACUGGAGGGGGAGCUUCAACAGGAGACUCAGAAAGCCACAGCCGCACUUGCAGAAAACAGAACAUUGCAGGACAAGUUGCGUUUGGGCAUUGCAGUUCAGCAUCGGGCUUGCAGCGCUGAGCAAGACUACGAGGAGGUAAUACGCCUUCUGGAGGCUGAGAUCACAGACCUCAAAACUGAGCUGGCAGGGAAGACGCCAAGUAAUUCAGCAGAGCUUACAAAGGAGGAUACUCGGGAUCUGCGGCAAAGACUGUCAAUCGCCAACUGCCAGCUGCAUACAUCUGAGCUCAGCCGCAAACAUCUGGAAAUCUCGAACAAGAAGCUAUUUUCCUUUGUUGAGAAAGUACACAAGGUUCUAACAUCUGCCACCCUGCAGGGGACUGACCAGGGGAUGAGCAAAUCCAAGCACCUCAGAAGAGAAAGCAGCCAGGGACCGGAGAGGCUGCUCGCCGCGGAAGCCAAGCAGCUGAUGGAGUGGGUCUGCUCCCCAAACAGUGAAAAUGCCUUGUUCACCAAGACAGAUGGUCUCCUCCCCCAGGAGCCAGCAGCACAGAGCAGGAAGAUCAGCCGGGAGAAAAACGCUCCGACGCACACACAUAAAAGCAGCCAGCCGCAAGAAAUAUUGUUUAUUUAA